AUGUUUGUCCGAGACGAUAACCCAAAUGUCAUUUCCAACUCCGACAGCACGCCUGAACCCCCAACAUGUGGCGAGGCUUUGUCUGACUUUCCGAAGACGCACUGUGAUUUCGGCUCUCCUGUCAAAAACCAGAUUAUCAUUGCGAACAUCGAUAUCUGUGGUGACCUGACUGGUGCUAGUUCGCACGAAUUGAUAGGAGUGUCCUGA